AUGGACCAAAAUUUAAUAAAAAACCAGAGUAAUAAUAUAAAACCAAUAAAUACUAACUCAGUUCAUAAAAUAUGUUCUGGUCAGGUUGUUUUAAGUUUAGCAGUAGCUGUAAAAGAAUUGUUAGAAAAUGCUCUUGACGCAGGAGCAACGAAUAUUGAUAUCCGAUUAAAGAAUUAUGGCACAGAAAUUAUAGAAGUUUCCGAUAAUGGUUCAGGAGUAACAGAAGACAACUUUGCUGCUUUGACAAUGAAAUAUCACACUUCUAAAAUAAGUGAAUACUCAGAUUUACUCGGGGUCUCGAGCUUUGGGUUCCGAGGUGAGGCAUUGAGCUCUCUUUGUUCCCUAGCCAAUCUGGUGGUGACUACGAGACAUCAAAAGAGCAAUUAUGCUACCAAACUUCAAUAUGAUCAGAAAGGAAAUAUUAUUAGCAAGACACCAUGCUCUAGACAAGUGGGAACAACAGUAACACUGAGUAAUUUAUUCUUUUCUCUGCCUGUAAGGCAGAAAGAGUUCCAUAAAAAUUCAAAGAGGGAAUUUAAUAAGAUGACUAAUUUGUUAUAUGCAUAUUGCUUAAUAUCAAGAGGAGUGAGAAUAACUUGUAGUAACCAAAUAAACUCCAAUUCGAAGUCAGUUGUUGUCGCUACAACUGGUUCAAAGUCAUAUAAAGACAAUAUAGCAUCAGUGUUUGGUUUGAAACAAUUACAGAGCAUUGUAGAGAUAAGAACUGAAUUGGUAACUAGUAUAAAAGAAAACAUAUUUAAAGGUCUUUCUGGAGAAGUUAAAGAAAAUAAUGAAACUAUUGAUAUUGAUGAUGUUGAAAUUGAUUUGUCUGAAGACUCAAAUGAUUCUGAACAAAAAGGACAAGACUUUCAGAAUGAGAGUUUUACAUUGUCUCAAAAAUCACAAGGAUACAAAAAUUGUCCCAAUCCAGUGGAACUUGAAGGUUAUAUUUCUUCUUGUGAACAUGGAAGCGGCAGAUCAAGCACUGAUAGGCAGUUUUAUUAUGUGAAUUCAAGACCCUGUGAACCAGCCAAAGUUAUGAAGAUAGUAAAUGAAACCUAUAAACAAUAUAAUCCCAAUCAAUAUCCUUUCAUAUUUCUAAACAUAAACAUGGAUAGAUUGUCUGUUGAUGUAAAUGUAACUCCAGAUAAGAGGAAAGUUUUUCUCACAAAAGAAAAAAAUAUUUUAGAUGUAAUAAAAGCAUCACUGACAAAACUGUUUGAAAAUGUUCCAAGAACCUUAAAAGUGAAUUCAUCAAUGACAGAUAUUAAAGAUGAUGUUAGUAUCAAAAAUUUAUAUCAGCCUAGGAUAUUUAACUCAUUUAUGCAACAAUUUAGUGUAAAGGAAGAAAAAAAUGCAAAAGUUGGAGGAAAUAAUACUGUAGACUUAAAAAGGAAAUCUACUACAAACCUCGAUUGUUUUAUAUCAAAGUCAAAAAGAAUUGAUACCUCUGUAAAGGAAGAAAUUAAUAUUUUAACUGAACAAGAGAAUAAUUUAGAUGAACAUGAUGUUAUUGAUAAAAAUGAUGAAAAUCAACCUACAAAAUCAGAUGUUGUAAUAUUUAAUGACACAUUAGAUUCAGAAAAAACAAAUACAAUUUUGAAAAAUAUGAAUGAUAGUGACAUCAACAAUAAAUCUCACAAAUGUGAGUGUGUAAGCCCACCACAUAAAAAUUUGGGACCUGAAAUAAUGUAUUUAGAAGAUUCAGAUAAAUUGCCUGAGACUCAAAUAAGGUCAAUUUCUGAUAUAGUGUGUAAAUCUUCGACAAUUUACUGUAAAACAAAAAAGAAUAAUCAAAAGAUAAUCAAAGAUAAAAUUACACAAAAAGAACAUUCAAAUAAGAUAUCACCAUCCAAAUUUGAAAAGACUGUGACAGAUCAAAAGGACUUUGGUAAAUUUAAUGUACGCAAAACUAUUAGUUUUAAAACAACUUUAGAAGAAGUAAAAGUACAAGCUGAAAUUUACAAUAACGGAAAAGGAAAAUGUUUGCCAGAUAGAAUAAAAUUCCGAAGUGCUAUUGAUCCAGUAUUUAACAAGAAGUGUGAAGAAGAGCUUAAUAGAGAAAUAUCUAAAGAUUCCUUUAAACAAAUGGUAAUUAUUGGACAAUUUAAUUUAGGAUUUAUCAUAACACGUUUGGAGGAUGAUCUUUUCAUAAUUGAUCAACAUGCAACUGAUGAAAUUUAUAACUUUGAAACUUUACAAAGAACAACUGAACUCACAAAUCAAAAGUUAGUUAUUCCACAGCAACUGGAGCUGACGGGUGUGAAUGAACAAAUAUUGAUGGAUAAUUUGGAUGUUUUUAAAAAAAAUGGAUUUACUUUUCAAAUAGAUGAAAAUGCUCCACCAACAAAAAGAGUGAAAUUAUUAACUAUACCAAUGUCUAAGAAUUGGAUCUUUGGCAAGGAUGAUAUAGAAGAGCUUUUAUUCAUGUUAAAGGAAUCUUCUACAUCAGAAUACUACAGACCGAGUAGAGUAAGAGCCAUGUUCGCAUCAAGAGCUUGUAGGAAGUCAGUCAUGAUAGGUAUGGCAUUAAGCAAAUCAGACAUGAGACAGCUUGUUGACCAUAUGGCAGAAAUAGACAAGCCCUGGAAUUGUCCACAUGGAAGACCAACAAUACGCCACUUGGUUAAUUUAGCUAUGGUGCAUACCAGUGAUUAAAUGAAUUUUAUAAAUGUUUUCAAUUGAAUCUAACUUAAUCAUGAAAAUAUUCUUUACUGUGAUAUUAAAAAUAAAACUCUUAA